AUGAGCUUCAAGCACUGCCUCCCGCCGCUGUGGCAAGCGUCCAAUGCGCUUCCAGAUUCUGCCCUGACGACCUGCCCCUUACCUCCAGGCUGCUUCGCCUUGCACAGUUCUUCCCUUUUUGUGGGAGGUGGCCAAUGGGACGUCGAGUACUGCUUCCAGGAAGAAGGUGGCGCUGCCUCCCAGGAACGACUGCCCACCCCGCCCCCAGGCCAUCCAGGACCCAGACACAGGACCACGGGACCCCAGCGCUUGAGCCCUGUGCGGCUGAUCUGCGUACUAGGGGCCAUCUCCAUCCUGCCUCGUAUGUCGUGUGGGCUGGAUGCUUUGGGACCCCCAGAGGGGACCAGAAGGGCAGUUGUGGGUUUUAAAGGCUGCACAGCCUCGUCUUACUCCCCGCAAGUUUCCUACCUCGUUUCGCCGCCCGGAUUGUCCAUUGCCUCCUAUAGCCGCGUCUGCCGGAGGUAUCUCUGCAAUAACCUCACCAGCUUGGAUCCUUUUGUGAAUAUCAAGGCCAACUCUCUUGUGUCUACAGCAUUUUCUUCGGAGAGCUGCCCAACCUGUGUGGGCCUGCACUCUACGGAUUGCCUCCCAAAUUCUGCUACCAUCGAUUCUUGCCCCCACGGUGCCUUUAAGUGUCACAGUUCCACCUUAAAAUUUCAGUCAGGGUCUCUCAAUACCACCUUCCUCCUCAAGGGUUGUGCUCGUGAACACCGGAAAGUGUUAGCAGAGUUUCGCCAUAUUGGGAGCAUCAGAGUGACUGAGGUCCUCAAUGUCUUAGAGAAGGCCGAGACUGCUGGGGCAGAGCUCUCUAGUCGGCGUCCUGCCUGGGGCAUCCUCUUUGGCCUUUUGCUCGCCUUCAGGCACUAG